AUGACCUUCAAGGGGCCUGAGCCCUGGCUCCCUGCAUCCCUGCUAAACCAGAGCUUGAAGGCUGAGGAGAAGAUGGACCUGGAGUUCAAGGCGUUGAGCGUGGGGUUUAAUGAGGAGAGCAGAUAUACCCGACUGUCAGCUGAGAACCCCCUGCAGGUGGGCUCUGGGGCUGGGGUAUGAUGAAUGGUGAAUGAUGGUGACCCCUUCCAGGCCUGCUCAGCUGUCACUGAUGUCCUCGAGCAGCAAGAUCCUGGCCAGAGCCUCACCUCAACGGAACAAGUUUAUUUUACAUUACCCAAAGGGUUCUGCAAGAAUGACAGGCAGCACGAUGAUCAGCUGCGUGUGGAGGCACUCAAACUGGAUGGAGCCUCAGGACGUGGCCAGAAGGUAAGUGAGGCCUUCUUUCCUAUCUACCUGCGACCAGAAUGACCCCGCAGGAACCUUGAGGUACAGGAGCACGAGGACUUGUACCGCUACUGCAGCAACCUGGCUCUGCCCCGGGCCAGUGAAGAAACCACCACCUGUCACUGCGGGGGCCUGGCCUACAGUGUGGCUUUCCAUGUGCACAGGGUCCUUCAGCGCCCUGACUCAAGCCACCCUCCAGGGCCCAACCAGCCGAAACUGAUGUCACUCCCAGAGGAACCCCUGAACACCUUCCAGAGUAGGACAGCUAACACCACCAGCCACCUGGCUCCCUCUAAUAAGGAGACCGUCAUGGUCACUCUCCAUGGAGCUACCAACCUUCCCACCUGCAAUGAUGGCUCGGAGCCAUGGCCCUAUGUGGUGGUGAAAACCACAUCUGAGGAAGCCCACAGACAGAGCUCCAAGGCAGUCACCUCUGUUACCUUGGAGCCCACCAGAGCCCCCAUCUGGGGGGACUCUGUGAAAGUAGAGAUCCAAGCUGAGGAUGCAGGGCAAGAAGAUAUGGUCCUCAAGGUGGUAGACAGCAAAAAGAAAGAGGAGCUGUUGUCCUACAAAAUCCCCAUCAAGUAUUUGCGUGUCUUCCACCCCUACCACUUUGAGCUGGUGAAGCCCGCCAAGUCUGGGAAAACCAAUGAAGACAACACAGAGACCCGGCUAUAUGCAACUGUCAUUCGGAAGGGCAGCUUCAUACCCCGCUACAUCGGCUGUGACCAUACAGCUCUGGAGGUCUUACUUCACGGAAUCAACGAGCCUCUAGCCAACAACCCCAACCCCAUGGUGGUAGUUGCCCGGGUGGUUCCCAACUACAAGGAGUUUAAGGGCAACCAGGCAAGGCGGGACCCAGCCUCCAUGGGACUGCCCAUCACCCCGCUCUCCUUCCCUGUAUCAUCCGUGAUGAAUUUUGAUGUGCCUCGGGUCAGCCAGAAUGGGUGCCCUCAGCUGUCCAAGCUGGGGGGACCCCCAGAGCAGCCCUGGUGGAAUCAGUCUUUCCUCUUCCAAGGCCGAGAUGGAGCCACCAACUUCUCAGAAGACACAGCCCUGGUGCUACAAUUCUAUUCCUCCCCCUCAAUGAAAGGCAGUGAGCCUUGGACCCUUGGCCAGCCCCUGGGUGUCUCUGUGUUGCCGCUAAAGAGUCGUUUGUACCGCAAGAUGCUGACAGGGAAAGGCUUGAAUGGACUGCACGUGGAGCGGCUCCCCAUCACUGACACCAACCUGAAAACUAUAAGUGGUGAGGCCCCGACGGUAGACCUUUCCUUCCAGCUGCUCUCCUCCGAGAGACCAGAAAACUUCUUGACUCCAAACAACAGCAAGGUUCUGCCCACCCUGGACCCCAAGAUCCUAGAUGAAAAGCUGGGUACCAUCCGCGAGUCCUGGUCCAGGACCACUGUGAACUCUACAACGAACUCCAGCCCAUCCACCUCUCAGGAAGCAGAGGAGGAGUCUCAGGUGCCAGAAAUCUCCCAUGAUACAGAGAUGAGCAACUACCGGCGGGCUAUGCAGAAGAUGGCCGAGGACAUCCUGUCGCUGCGGAAACAGGUCAGCAUCCUGGAUGAGGAGAACCGCAUGCUAAGGGGUCACCUGACCCAGCAGGAGGCAGAAGAGGAGAAGACCCAAGCUGAUGAGGUCCAGAACCUGGUGUCCAUGAAGCAGAAACUGCUGCUAAGUGAGCUAGACACAAAGAAACUGAAGGACAAGGUGCAAUAUCUGCAGAAUGAACUGAUUCGGAAGAAUGACCGAGAGAAAGAGCUGCUCCUCCUGUACCAGGCUCAGCAGCCACAGGCUGUGUUGCUAAAGCAGUACCAGGACAAACUGCAGAAGAUGAAGGCACUGGAGGAGACUGUACGGCACCAGGAGAAGGUGAUCGAGAAGAUGGAGCAGGUGCUGGAGGACAGGCUACGGGAGAGAAACGAGCACCCUCCACCGAACAGGCCAACAGGGAAGAUCCACAUGGCCUUUCCUGUGCUCUCAGCCUCUGGCCCUCACCUGGGUUCCACAGGAGAGAACCAAGCUGUUGACCUUUACUCCAUGCUGCUGGCAGAAAACUCAAGGCUGAGGGCUGAGCUAGACAAGAACCGCCACCAGUCAGCCCCCAUCAUUCUGCAGCAGCAGGCCCUGCCGGAUUUCCUUGGCAGUUCUUCAGACAAGUUUAACCUCCUAGCCAAGCUGGAACGAGCUCACAGCCGGAUUCUGUCUCUGGAAAACCAGUUAGAGGACUCAGCUCGACGCUGGGGCCGAGAGAAGCAGGAUUUGGCCACACGGCUUCAGGAGCAAGAACACGGCUUUGGGCACCCCUCACACCCCAUCAUCACAGACCAGCCUGUGAGUAACCCCUCCAGCAGAGCUCCUGGGGCCUGA